AGCGUUUAUUACUACUUUGUUUUAUUAGCAUAUUUGGGCUCGCUGCGUUUUUGAGAUGCUUUGAGCUGAUGACGUCAGCUCACAAUGUGAAGGAAAAAUAGCGGCGUAGCCGAGGCCGAGGGUAUCCGAGGGUUACGUGUUACGCCUCGUGGAGUGGAGUGGUGCUCCCUACGACGCAGCUGGUGAUAGAAGCGUGGUACGACCUGCCAUACAGUCAUGGAACCGCUGAAAAAACGCAAGAAGCGCGGACGUUACAAGGAAUACUUACAUCCUGGAGCAACGUUUUCCGUACCCAGGUCUACAGAUGCAUCCGCGCGGCUUCGAACGGCAUCUGCAGCAGCGACAUCCCAGCCGGUCAGCGCUUCCUGCGAUAUUAACCAGGAUGACAGCGUAGCGAUGGGCCAAGAAUGCAGCGCCGAGGCAUCUGCUACGCCAGUCGGGGCACAUGGCAUGGAAUCGCAGGAUCUCACAGAUGAUGAAUUCAACAGUACCGAUGUGCGCGAAUGUGACCUUAACGGAAAUGUUGACUUGGAAGGUCAUAACCAGGAUGCACAAGAGCAAGAAGAGGGCUCGAGUGAGCCAGAAGCACAACAUAGAUAUUCUGGACAAGGAGAGGACUUCAGCCAACUAGACGCUCAAGACAAAGAAUCCGAACAAGAGGAGGACUUGAGCCAGCCAUGUGCACUAGAGGAAGUCUCUGAGCUAGAAGCUUCUUGUUUUUCAGAUUCUGCCUGCAUUGAGCCACCACUACUAAGUGAACUAUUUGGUGAAAUUGUUAAAGAAAAAGUUGCAGUUUCAAAAGGUGACAUUCUGCUCAUGGUGUUAAAAUAUGCAGUCCAACACAGCUUGACAUUUUCGGCACUGACAGAUUUGGUUCAAAUGAUUAACUUGUUUUUUGAAAGACCAGUUCUUCCCCAUUCUAAGCACAUGCUUAAGAAAGUAAUUGAAAAAGCUGGCACAACAAUGAAUUUCCACUUCUUUUGUCCAGAAUGUUCCUCGUACAUAGGUGACAUUGAUCCAAGUUCACCCUUUCAGUGCUUGAAAUGCAACCAUAGCACAUGUUUUUCAACGGUCAAUAAUGCAUCAUUUUUUGUGCUUUUUGACAUACCUUCACAACUCCAAAAAGUACUCAAGGGAUGUGACAUUUUAGACCUGACAGAGCCACUUGAACCAAAAGACAGCUUUUCAGAUAUUUGUGAUGGAGAACUUUACCGUGCCUUUGUAUCCUCAACAGCAAAUGCUGGGCAUAGAAUUAGUUUUGUGCUAAAUGCAGAUGGCACUCCCAUUUUUAAAUCGAGUGGUACUGCAAUCUGGCCAAUUCAGUUGCUUGUCAAUGAACUGCCUGCCACACAGAGAAUGCAAAAAGUGAUUUUAGCUGCUUUGUGGUUUGGCAAGAAAAAGCCUGACAUGGUGCCUUUUCAGGAUGCAUUCGUUGGAGCUGUAAAUGACCUUUCUGAAAAAGGAUUCGAUCUCGAGCACCGUGGCCGUACAACAACUUUCAAGGCCUUCUGCAUUUGUUGCGCUGUAGAUUCAGUUGCAAGGGCACCUAUGCAGGGUGUAAUGCAGUUUAAUGCGUAUCAUGGAUGCAAUUGGUGCCUUCAAAAGGGUGAAAGAGUUUUAAAUGCCACUAAGUAUCCUGUACAACAAACAGUACAAGAACGAACAGAGCUUCAAAUGAUACAGGAUAUGCAAGAAGCUGUUGCUAGUGGUAGGCCUGUAAAUGGCGUGAGAACAGUUUCGUCAUUGAUAAAGUUAGAGAAUUUUAAUAUAGUGUGGGGGUUUGUCCCCGACUAUAUGCAUUGCAUAUUACUUGGAGUUGCAAGACAGUUCAUGGAACUGUGGUUGGAUGACACGAACUGCAAGUUUUAUAUGGGAGUGCAGCAACGUGUCAUUGAUGCAAGAGUAAUGGAGAUCACUCCUCCUGCAGCCGUGAAAAGGAUGCCAAGGCCAACAAGGGAGCGGAAGUUCUGGAAAGCCAAGGAAUGGGAGAAUUGGCUCCUAUAUUACAGUUUGCCAGUUUUGGAGGGAAUAGCUCACAGCUCAUGUGUGCAGCAUUGGGCAUGUUUGGUGGAGGCACUGCACAUAAUGCUGCAAAAAGAAAUUUCAUCAGCACAGCUUGCUGUAUGUGAAGACCUUCUAUUAGAAUUUCAUGUUCGAGCUGAGCUGCUCUAUGGAAAGAGUUGCAUGAGCUUUAACAUGCACCAACUGACUCAUAUAGCAAAGAGUGUGCGCCAGUGGGGCCCUCUGUGGGCACACUCAGCAUUUCCGUUCGAGGCAGGUAAUGGUUGCCUCAAAAAGGCAGUAAAAGCUGCAAAUGGAAUCCCGCACCAAAUCUGCCGCAUGAUGCAAAUCGAACAAACAGUUGACGUUCUCUUGGCUACAGCUGCUGAGCCAACAGUUCUUGACUACUGCAACUCGCUGAACUCCAAGGAAACGCAGAAAACUCUUAAAGUGAAUGGAGAUGUUCGUUUGUUUGGAAGAGGUGUUCCCAUCUCUGUACCAGGGUGGCCUGACGACACAAGUGUGCAGUAUGCCCGAAUGGUUAAGGGAGGUGUUAUUUUCACUGAUAGGGACUAUGCCUUGAGAAAGAGAACAAAUAAUUCUGCAGUGCAACUGGUGGACAACACGUGUGCAGUUAUAGAAAAUAUAAUUUGCAGAAACCAGUCGGAAGUUUUUGUUGUUGUUAAGCCUUUGAAGUGCAGGCCCUUGAAGUACAGCCUUGUAACAAUGCAGCACAUGUUUAAAGCUGUUGAAGAACCUUCAGGGAAAAUAGUAAUUCCAGCUGCAAAUAUCAUGACUGCUUGCGUGCUAUUAAGGACUCAAGGAAAUAUCUACAUAUCGCCUGUGCCAAGUUCAUUCACAUUGUAGCUAAUGUGAUUAAGAGUAGCAUAUAUAUUGCCACACAUGCUUUAUUUUCAUUUGAUUGGUCUAUUACACAUGUAACUACCGCUCGGCACAAACUGUGCCUAAAUGUGAGACUUCUUUUCUGGUAAGGUUGUGCGUGCAUUUUGAGUAAGGUGGACUCGCAGUAAAGGAAAUCUCUUAAAUGGAACUGCUGCUUAAAUGGAACAACUUCCUUUAGUAUGAUUGGUUUCGUACCUGAAUGUUUCAACCCAAUUCGUCUCUCAGUAAGCGGAACUCCUGUUAAAUGGAUUCAUGGAACAUAUGUUCCUGGUCCUUCCAGGUUCUAUUUAAUGUGAGUCUACUGUACUUGAGCUUAUUGUAUGACUAGCGCAGGCACCAAUGGUAAUGCUGGAAUCUUCUAUUUUGCAUGUACGAAAACCUGAUGCUUUUCACUAUCAUAUACGAUGACUAGCUGUGCUCGCUGUUGUCGCUGUACAGUGCGUUUUACUUGAUUUUCUGGAUACAAGUAUGCCAAAGAGUUUUGUCUCUGUUAGUCUGACUGCCGCAUUCUUCACUGACACAACCAGGUGAUAACAUGCCUCGCUAUGUCACUUAUUAUCCAUGUUAGUUUUCAGUCCAGUUUCAGCUGCUUUUUUUCCAUGCUUCAGGUUGCACUGAGGUUCCCGUAACCGUGUAAAAGUUGUGCACCUUAUGGAGAAUGUAAUCAGUUCAGAGGGCAAUAUUGGAGCACCGCGCCGCAUACCGCAAUGUUUGUGCGCGUAAACUCUUCACGUUCUCGUGCGGGUUCUUGCUACGGUUUAGCCGAGCCAAAUUUUUGUAACGCACUUAAGAAAAACGUUAUUGUGCCUCGUUGCCUCGUGCUCGCCGUUGACGGUUGUGCCGAUUUGUGGACUGUGAACUGUUUCUGCGCAGCCCAUAUCUCUGCCUGCAGGACUUAGAUUGGCAAGCUUUCACAAGCAAACUACUCUUACCAUCCGGUCACUUGAACUGUCGGCGGCCGUAAAGAAACCCCACGCCAACUCUUACCCGGACUACUCUGCCAACAUUGAACGCAUGAUCAACAAGUCCCUUCCUUCAACUGAACGGUCUUUGCUGCAGGAGGUGCUCGCACGCUACGCUUCAGUCUUUGACUUUGCCCACGACGAGACGUCUACCGCUACGCCACCACCUUCACGUACGCACACACCGCAUCUAUACGGGCCAAGCACCACCAAUACGCCAGAAGCCCUAUCGCGUAUCGCCUUCCGAGAGGAAAGUCAUCGCCGAGCAAGUUGAAGACAUGCUAAAGAAGGGCGUCAUACAAGAAUCGUGUAGUCCGUGGGCGGCUCCUGUCAUUCUCGUCAGGAAGAAGGACAAUUCAUGGAGAUUCUGCGUAGACUAUCGCCGCCUAAACGCCAUUACAAAAAAAGACGUCUACCCUUUGCCACGUAUAGAUGACGCCGUGGACUGUCUGCAUUCUGCCUCCUAUUUUUCUUCUGUUGACUUUCGUUCUGGGUAUUGGCAAAUUCCUAUGCAUCCCUCAGACAAGGAGAAGACGGCCUUCGUAACACCUGACGGUCUUUUUGAGUUUAACGUUAUGCCCUUCGGUUUGUGCAAUGCUCCAGCGACAUUCGAGAGAUUUAUGGAUACAGUACUCCGUGGACUAAAAUGGGAAAUUUGCAUGUGCUAUUUAGAUGACGUGAUUAUCUACGGAAAGACUUUUCAAGAGCACAACCACCGCUUGUCACUUGUGCUUGAAUGCUUACGCGAAGCUGGCCUUGUUUUAAACUCUAAGAAGUGUCAUUUUGGAGAACGUCAAGCCCUCGUAUUAGGCUUUCUCGUGGACAGAGAAGGCGUACGACCAGACCCACAGAAAACCGCAGUGGUUCGUAACUUUGAGCAACCACGAACAGUGAAGGACCUGCGAAGUUUUCUGGGUCUGUGCUCAUAUUUUCGCCGAUUUAUUAAGAACUUUGCGCAACUUGCCUCCCCACUGACGUCCCUUCUCCAUAAAGACACACCGUACUUGUGGGAUGAUAAAUGUGAGGCGGCAUUUCAACAGCUGAAAUUUUUGCUGACUUCAGGACCCAUCCUGAGGCAUUUUGAUCCUGACGCUUUCACUGAACUGCAUACUGAUGCUAGUGGACUAGGUGUUGGUGCUGUCCUGGUCCAAAUCUGCAACGGCCGCCAGCACGUCGUAGCAUACGCCAGUCGGACACUGACCAGGGCAGAGAAGAACUACACCGUCACCGAGCUCGAGUGCUUAGCAGUCGUCUUCGCCAUUCAGAAGUUCCGACCGUAUCUACACGGCCGCGAGUUCACAAUAGUGACCGACCAUCACUCACUGUGCUGGCUUGUGGGACUUCGCGACUCGUCUGGCCGGCUGGCUCGUUGGGCGUUGCGCCUCCAAGAGUACAGCUUUUCUGUGACCUAUAAGAGCGGACGAUGUCACACGGAUGCCGACUGCUUAUCCCGCCUUCCUUCAGUACACACCAAUGCUGAUGACGCUGACAUUGAUGACUAUUUAGUUUCUGUCUCGUCCGACUUUCCAGAUAUCAGCAGCUUCAAACGUGAGCAACAACGCGACCCUACCCUGCAACCCUUGCUGGAAGCUGCGCAUAACUUCCCUGACAAGGAUUUUACCAUUUCAAAUGGCUUGCUGUACAAGAGGAACUACUCAGCCGACGGCCUCCCGUUGCUUCUAGUGGUGCCGGAAAGCUUGCACCCGGUCGUCCUUCGUUCUAUGCACGAUGACAUAACAUCCGGUCAUCUCGGUUUCACACGUACGCUACACCGACUACGUGAGAGGUUCUACUGGCCGAAAAUCUGGAAGACCACGAAACAGUACGUCGCCAGCUGCGCUAUAUGUCAGCGCCACAAGCAAUCCACGACUGCCCCGGCAGGUUAUUUGCAGCCCAUUUCACCACCGACAUCUCCUUUUGAAAAAGUCGGCAUCGACUUCCUCGGACCACUUCCUAAGACCCCAUCCGGCCACCGAUAUGUUAUAGUGUGCGUGGAUUAUUUAACUCAUUAUACGGAAACGGACGCACUGACAUCCGCCACUGUUUCCUCUUUUAUGUUACAACGGGUCAUACUGCGUCACGGUGCUCCACGGGUUGUCAUCAGUGACCGUGGACGGCAAUUUAUCGCCGACUUGGUUGAAGAAAUUUUGCGUCUCUGUGGCUCUUCUUAUUGCCACUCCACCCCUUACAAUCCGCAAACUAACGGUCUGACCGAGAGAACGAAUCGCACUCUUACGAAUAUGCUAUCGAUGUACGUUGAUGCUGACCACAGGAACUGGGACGACGUCUUACCGUUUGUCACUUACGCAUAUAACACCGCCAAGCACGAAGUUACUGGACAUUCGCCCUUUUUCCUGCUUUACGCACGAAACCCUCGGAGUUUUCUGGACACUAUUACCUUUCUCACAUCAGGAAAAUCUUUCCAUCGCGCAGACGUUGUGUCGUGCUGAAGAAGCACGUCAGCUGGCGCGCCUUCGAACAUUGUCCUCUCAAGAACAAAGCAAGAGUCGCUACGAUGCCAAGCAUAUCCCCGUAGGUUUUUCUCCUGGCGACUACGUUUGGCUGUGGACUCCUGUUCGUAGAAAAGGAUUGUACCGGAAGUUUCUAGCAAACUAUUCCGGCCCAUUCGUGAUAGUCGCUCGUCUCAGUGACGUGAAUUACGUUGUCGCCAGAGUGACAGCCAAUAUCCGGCGUUCGCGUGUUACGCAAGUUGUUCACGUAGCCCGCCUCAAACAGUACCAUCAUAGGCAUAUUUAACUCGCUCGGCGAGCUUCGUCUGCCCCCGGGGAAAAUGCAACGGAGAUGCGCGAGUGUACGGGACGCAGAAGAAGAAGAGUAGUGGAGCCGGCGCUUGGACUGUGUGGUUGGGUGAACCGGCGAGCCUGCCUCGCAAGUACGCUGCUCUUUCCCCACGCCAUUUGAUCUCAUCUGUAAAUAAACCCAUUCACUUGUAACAAUAUUUUUUUUGCCUGUAGCACAUAAGGGUUACACUUUCUUUUUCCAACUUCUUGGUGGCUCUUUUGUUUUCAAACCACAUUUCAGAGUUGGCGUUCUGUAGAUUCCCACUGAUGUUUCACCAAUUUGCAUUUUGUUAUGGUUUUUCAAAUACAUGCAAAUGUUGUCAUGUCAUUAUUUUGUGUUUUAUCAUGUAUUUGUAUUUUAACCUUAAUGCCUCACAGUGGCGCUUAGGUAUUGUAAAUAGGUAAUGAAUGUGUUCAUGAGCAUCAGUUGUAGAUAAUUACAUUUGCAGCUUCCUUGUAUAGCCUUCAUAUUCUCCUAGUUUAGCAUUAUGUCAAAGUAUUCUGUAUCACAUUGUAUGCAUUUUGUUUUUAGUACUGAUGAAACUGUUUGUGUUUAGCCAUCAUGUUCACUUUGUGAACUUAGUGCUUUUAUCGGAUUUUGUGUUUGCUGAAUAAAUCCGGAUGUCAUUUCUUA